UCCGUGGUGAUUUUUUGGCUUGAAAUGCAAGCUGAGUCUUGUUUGGUUUUGACGAUCGGUUUUUCGUUGGGAGUUGGUAGUUGGUAGUUGGUGGUGGGGAGAUGUAAAGACUGAGUACAAAAUGGGAUUGGAUUUCUCGUCUUUGGGUGUGUUGGUGUCCUUCAUUGUACAGUUUCCUUCCUUUUUUUUAGCCAUCGUCAGACUCACUUGAACGUGUCGCACUUCAAAUCUUCUCAUCACAACAUCGUUCUGUCAUAAGCCGUACCUUGGAGAAGAAAACGCAACAAUGGUAACCAUCCCCCAAACCCACAAGGCCGUCGCCACACCCGCCAAACGCGCGCCCCUCAUCCUCCUCGACCGCGAGACAAAACCCCCAGGGCCGGGCGAAGUCCUCAUCCUCAACGAAUGGACCGCCUCCAGCCCGCUCGACCUCCACCGCGCCGACGGCGGCCUCCUCUGCAACCACCCGGAAGUCAUGGGCGGCGGCGCAGCAGGGACCGUCGUCGCCGUAGGCCCCGACCCGGACCCGGCGGACGCCGAACGGCUGAAGCUGGGGGACAAGAUCUUUACGUUUGCGUUUCAUCAUUUUAGCGAGCGCGCGCAUCAGGAUUUCGCGACGGUGCCGGGAUACUUGGUCUCCAAGCUGCCCGCGAACGUGACGCCGCAGGAGGCGGCGACGGUGCCGACGAAUUUGAUUACCGUGUUCCACGCCGCGACGGCGGAUUUGGGGUUGGAGCUGCCGUGGCCUAGGCCCGAGGGGGCAGAAGCAUGGGUCCCGCGCGCGAGGGAUGAUGCUGUGCUUGUUUGGGGUGCCGCGAGUAGUGUGGGCGUGUAUGCGGUGCAGGUGUUGCGGCACUGGGGGUAUCGGAACGUCCUGGCCGUGGCGAGCGAGAAGCAUCACGCGCAGCUGAGGGCGAUGGGCGCGCGGGAGACGUUUAGUUACCGGGAUGCGGAUGUUGUGGAGAAGAUUCUGGGGGCUGUUGGUGAAGAGGGCGUGCCGUUUGUGUUGGAUUGUAUCGGUUCCGUCGAGGGCACGCUGAGGCCGUUGACGAAGAUUGCGGGGAAGGGGACCAAGGUUGCUGUCAUGUUGCCUGUGAUUGUGCGGGAUGCGACGGAGGAGGUUGAACCCGAGUAUGAGAUGGAGGUGAAGAAUGUGUUGGUUGGGGAGUGGGCUGAUGGUGUUGAGCUCCGGGGGGUGAGGACGCAUUUCUACCUGGAGCAGAAUGAGUUCUUCAAGGAAAAGAUGCAGAGAGAGAUUGUGCCGACGCUCCUGGAGCAGGGCAUCAUCAAGCCCAACAAGCAAAAGGCUGUCGAGGGCGCCACCAUGCUGGAACGGGCGCAAAAAGCGAUUGAGUUGCUGAGGAAGAGAGAUCCCAGCGGUGAGCGUUUGGUCUGGAGGGUUUCGGAUCUAGAUCUGAAGCUGUGAGGUGGUUGCGUUGGUCGUUAGCCGCUAGGUAUGCAACGAGUGCGAAUAUCACUCAACUGGCCCACGCCUAGAAAAAGAAGGAUCAUAUCCAUAGUAGAAAGAAUAGAGGUCUUUAAAUGCUUUUUGUGACUUUGUUCCUGCUUUUGUAAUCUGCCGACCAUCUGCUGAAAGAAGC